CGAUGGCAAUGGCGCAGAAUGAACGAUAAGUUGACUGGCGCAUCUCAAAAAGCAUAUUGAAAUCUGUUUCCUGAUAUUUUGAAUGUAACAAGAACACGGAAGAUACAAAACUCCGUACGUAAUAUUAAAUAUUAGUCCUUAAGGUCCUUUAUAAUUAUUGUACAAAACAGAGAUUGUUGAAAGAGAAAAUACUUAUUAAAAAUAAAUAUUUACGUCAUCGUACUAUGAAUCACAACAGGAUAUUGCAGAUAAUGUUCGACGUAAUUAUAACUAGACCUGGAGGUUUAUAGGCAUCAAUAAUACUUAAAGUUCAUAGGUGUCAAUACAAUGCAUUCAUCUCAGGCAGGAUCCAGCUCUUCUACAGGUCCACUAAAUAGCCUCCUCAAAGCUAAUUUUAGGUCAGGAUUCAGUUCUGAGAGUCAUCUGCAAAGCCUUGGUUUUACUAUGGAUAAUGGAAAGCCAAGAUUUAGAUUGGACGAGCCUGUUUCUGGUGCUUUAAAUACUUUGCACAAACCCAGUUCUACCUCCAUUGAUACUAAUGAAACAGAUUCAUUUGUUGUAUUGGGAAAAAGCUCUUUGGAUUCUAUCCAAGCAGCCUCUAUGGCAUCUUAUGCUCAAAUACAACAAAAAAGUGUAUCUGCUGAUUAUGAGUCCAUGAUAUCAGCUUUAAGCCCUGAGGAGAUUCAGCACAAGCUCUGUGAUCUGCUCGAAGAAAAUGCAAAGCUGAAGGAGACGUUAACACAGAAUAAUCUUGCUAUGAAACAGCAAUUCAACACACUGGCUACAUGGCAGGAGGAAGUAAUGAAAGUUCACCAGAGUCACAAAGAAAAGUUUGCAGAAACAAGGGAAUUGAUCAAUCAAUUACGCAAAGAAAAUACUGAUUUAAAGAAUCGACUCAGUGUGAACCAUGAGCUAUGCCAAGAAUUGACUGAAUCGACCGGUAAAACACGUGAGGAUCUGGAGGAAGAAUUGUCUAUCGCAACUAAGGAAUUAAAUGAAUGCAAGAACAACCCUGGCCAAAUUAUCCAAGCUUAUCAACGCCUGAUGGACAAAUCAAGCUCAUCGAUUCAAGAAGCCAAAACAGAAGACUGUGAUUUGGAGGAUUACAGUCUUUUACCACGACCAGUCAGUGUGGAGCACAAGCUGAGUGAAAAGUAUCAACGAAAAAAUGAAGAAGUCAAAUAUUUAAGAGAACUAAUAGCUUCGCUCGAAGAGCAACUUCGUGUCAGCAUUUCAAAAGCUUUCGCACCAAUUCAGAUAAAGGCAGCAUGUCAACCAGAACAAAAGCCCUGCGAAGAACGUGAACAGUUUUUGCGCAACUUAAAGCAAUACGAUGAGAAAUUACGUGCCGUGACAAGUUAUUUUGCACAUCAAAGUUCACGUUACACAAGUAUUCAAGACUGUCUUAAAGAGAGCAUCGAUAUCUUACAGACUUUUGAAAGCAUGAAUGCUCCUGUUACUUGCACAACGUCUGGAGAACGUUCUUUAAAUUCAGGAGAUGCAGAAUCGCUCAUAAAACGAUUAGAAGAGUGUCGAGAAAGACUUAUAGACGAACAAGUGAAAACCAUCAGCGAACGUCAGGAUUUGAUCAAGGCUCAAGGUCAAAUUCAAAAGGUUUUCUCAGAUUACAAUUCCGUCCUCUCUGAGCUGGAGAUCAUGUAUGCAGAAAACGCAAAAUUAGAUGCUCUCAGGAUACAAAAAGAAAAGAGUGUCUUGGAGAUAGAGAAGCGCAUCGAGGAAGACAAAAAUACUUUAGAAUUAGAAAAGAAUAGUUUGGAAGUAGAAAAGUUCAGUCUCCUAGAAAGUAUAAAUACAAUGAAAAAAGAUCGUCUAUCUUUGGAGAACGAACGCAAAAAUCUCCAAGCAGAAACGGAAGCUCUUCGCCUCGAGCGAACCGCUUUGGAUCAACAAAAUGCAUUAUACGAAUCAGAGAGAAUGUCGUUGUUAACGGAGAAAAAAACGCUUCAGAAAGCAAACGAAAAUAUACAAGCUAAAUGUGAAGACUUACAGGAAAUUAUAUGUACUAAAGACGAAAUCGUUGAUGCAUUGUCAGAAAGGAUAAAGAGUCUAACAGAAAUCGUGGAGGAUGUUCCUCUCCUGAGAGCGCAACUAGAGAUCUAUCAAAAUGAUUUUAAGGAAGAGAGAGAAGCACGUCAAAAAUUAGGCAACGAGAAGGACACGUUACUUGAGAAUCUACAGUCAGCUCAAAAAUUAAAUGAGGAGUUAAGGAAACAUAUUGUGGAAUUGCAAAGACGCAACGGUGGUCAAGCUUCUUCGUCGCCAGGUCAACAACAAUUCCAACGAGCUGAUGGAGAAGAUGGGGAAUAUGUAACAUUACCAUUACUUUGUCCAAAUUGUAACAGCCAUUUCGAAGAUAUGGGACAACUACAGACUCACGUGGAGGUGUGCUGGCACCUCAAUUAAGACAACCCUUCAUGAGUACAUUGAAUGACGUAAUUUGUCACAUAUGUUUGCAACAAAAGGAUGGAAAAAGCGAUCACGGAUUUUCAGUGUGUCAGCCCGAAAUAGAUUGAGAUCUUACAAUAGAAAAUCCUUGAGUAAUUUUAAGAACAAGAGAAUAAGGAAGAAGAGAAAGUUCCGGUGUAUUCCUUAAAUUUAAUGCUGUGCCAUCAAAUAAAUCCUUAAAAGCUUCGUACGUUUCUGCACUGAUAUAUAAAUUCGACGAGCUCCUUAUUAUCUGCGAUUUUCAUGUCAAUACUAUUUAUUUCUCAACGACGUGCAAAAUUUUUAUGUAAUUUUAUGAUAUACAAAAUGAUACAAGGAAAAAAUAUAUUUUUAUGCGCGUCGAUGUUGACAUAUUGGCUCGUGUCACGCUGUUAUCUGUAUGGGUCAGAGACCACUGCAGCUUUCUUUUCACAUUUUUUAGAUCAGUGACAAUAUUUUUAUGAUAUUAGUAAAAAGUGUAAUGUAUCUAUGUUAAAAGUGCGACAUUAUUUUCUGAUAAAGAAAUAAAAAUAUAUUCAACUGCAA